ACCGGCACAACGCUGAGGGAGAGGUGGUAGCGGCGACGCUGGUGCUGCUGCUGCCGCUGUAUGAGGAAGCCAAGUACGACCACGUAGAGAAAACCAUGGAAGGAAAAUCAUCUUCAAGUCACACCAACUGGAAAUUAAGUUCCAACAACAGAAAGUCUUCCACAAAAGGAAAGAGGAAAAAGGAUGGUGACAAACACAACUGUAAUGAUGAAGAAUCAAUUGGGCAACCCAAAGUUAUCUUGACGAAUAUCCUGGCAACGAAAAUAGGAAGAAAAUACACACAGGUGCAGCAUAAAACUGGUGCUAGAUUUUCUGAUGCUGGCAAGCUGCAAUCAGAUCAACCACCCUCAUCAUCUGCUGCCAGCCUAAAGAUAUGGCAAAUUUUAAACCCUACUCUCCAAAGCCUUUUUCUCUCUAAAAGGCAACCUCAAGUUAUCUUGACGAAUGUCCUGAGGACGAAAGUUGGAAGAAAAUACAUAGACAGCCACGUAAUAAUUGCUACAAAUUUAUCUGAUGAUGACAAAUUACAAUCAGGUCAAGUACCCUCAUCAUCUGUUACCAGCCUACAGACAUGUCAAAUACUAAGCUCUCCUCAGGAAAGUCCUUUUUUGUCUGAAAGGUCUGAGCAGUACCUGAAGAAGGCAGAUGAUGAUCUGUGUAAAUCGACUAAGGCUUCUAAGGAACCAGACAAAAAUGUUGUCACUUGUAGAAGACGGGAGCUCCAGAAGAAAGAAAACAAGAUCUGUGAUGAACUAGAAAAGACAAGCAGAAACAUGAACAGCACCUCUCUUAGACAGAAGGACUCAGGCUCUUGUGAUUCUGAGAAAAGGAAAAGAAAAUCUAGUGGCCAUAUUUCCAACGAUUGUAACACACACAUUCCAGAAAAUUCACCUCUACCCUUUAAAGAGCAAAGACUGAGUUCAACUCAGUCUUCUAGCUGCAGAAUGCGCUGUGAGGAUGAACCAGGUCACAGGUUUAAUGUAAUACUGGUGCCAGAUUGUAUUCCACAGUCAUUAGAAAGAGACUUUAAAGACACUUCCAACCACAACUGCUUAAGUCCUAUUAAGAGCUACACAAAGGAACCUGUCUCAGAGACUCCUCCCAGAGAUUUGUCAGAGAAAGAGCAUUCUGCCACCAAUGAAGAUGGGAUUUCACCACGAGUUAGUACCAUCAUGAAACUGGGCAUGGAUGCAUCACAGUACCUGAGCAAGCUGCGGAACAGACUCUGCAGGGGUAAUCGGCAACUUGUUUCGGUUGACCCAAUUGUCCUCUCCAGCGAUGAUGAAGAUGCAUCUUCCGAACCAGAACACACAAAGCUGCUGCAGAAUAAUGUCACUGACAAUAAAAAAAUAGACCAGCAGCCUGCAUUCUCCACAAAGCAAUUGGAAGAUGAGAUGGAAACUCACACAGAGCAGAUUUUAGCAGAAUCAGUUGAAGAUAAAUGUCUUAUCAGCUUGCCUUCUGGAAGCACAUCUAGAAAACAGAUGACACCAUCACUGGAUGUUAAAUUUGAUAGUCUAUACAUUGGAAAAUUUAAGUGGUUAUCAACAGAUCCUGCCAGGUUCACAACCAAGUGUAUCACAAUUCCAUUCCAGGUGUCUCUUAAUAAGAAUAUUAAGCUGGCAGUGGAUACUCUGGAUCUGAGGAGGGUUGGCUUGUGGAGAAAUGAUGGUGGCUGUUCUUCAACAAUGAUCAUUUUCCUUUGGUUGUCUGUGGAUUAUGUAGAAAAACUUGAAACCCAAUUAGGAAAAUCGGUUAUCAGCAAGCCCUCCAAAUCUAAUGAAUUUGUAUUUCUUGAGCUGUCCCAACUGCUCACAGAACGUGAAGAAGACAAACUGACUGAAUGGGUUACAGUUGUGAGCAAGAAGAACAGAGCACCAGAUCUCCCUGAGUUUCUGUCUUUGAAGGAAGCAUUACCCUUGUUUAAAGACCUUUCUCCUGAAGAAAGCUCUUUUAUGAGUUACAGUCAUAAAACAGAUCUGUUGAAGCAAUGUGUGCCAAAAAGGAAUACCUCAGAUGCUCAUGAACCUGCAGUUCAGGGAUCAAAACUAAAAGUGAGCAGACCCAGUUACGUGCUUGCAAAUAAGCAAAAUAGUGGUUGCUACUCUAUCUCUUUGUCCUCUGCACCAAAUGAAGAAUGGGAAGAAGUAAAAGAAAUUGGAGCAGUUAAGAAUUUAAUUGUUUAUUCCCCCCCACCUGCAAAAGGAGGACUGGGAGUCACAAGGAAGACCCUAGAGUGCUUAGAAUAUGGAGAGUUUCUCAAUGAUGUCAUCAUUGAUUUCUAUAUGAAAUACCUGUUGUUGGAGAAGGCACCAAAACAUCUUGCUGACCGCACACACAUAUUUAGCAGUUUCUUCUAUAAGUGCCUGACCAGGAGAGAAAAAAACUCUGAAGGGGAUCUCAAAGUUUCAGUGGCACAGAGAAGACACAGAAGAGUAAGAACAUGGACUCGUCACAUAAACAUCUUCAAUAAAGAUUAUAUCUUUGUGCCUGUGAAUGAGGAGUCUCAUUGGUACAUUGCAGUUAUCUGUUUUCCAUGGUUAGAAGAAGCUGUGUAUGAGGAUUGUCCCAAUGAGGAUUCAUUAAAUUAUCAGCCUCAACAGUCUUCACUUCAGUCAAAGAAUAAGAACACCAGGACUGAUUCAGUGUUGGUAUUUCCAGGUGGCAAUGAAACUGCUGGGUUUGCUUCAGCCCUGGAUUCAGAUGUUCCUAGUAUCUCCCUAAGUAAUUCCAAAAGGCAGAUUUGUAAAAGGCCUUGUAUACUCAUCUUAGAUUCAUUGAAAGCUGUUUCUGUGCAGAAAACAGCACAAAUACUGAGAGAAUACCUUGAAGUGGAAUGGGAAGUUAAACGGAAAACACAUCGAAAAUUCAAUAAAUCAACAAUGAUUGACCUGUGUCCUCUUGUGCCUAAACAAGAUAACAGCAGUGAUUGUGGGGUCUAUUUGCUGCAAUACGUGGAAACCUUCUUAGAGAAUCCCAUAGUUAACUUUGAACAGCCACUGAACCUCGAGAGAUGGUUCCCUCGUCAGCUGAUCAGAAGCAAAAGAGAAGAAAUUCGAGACCUGAUCUUGCAAUUACACUUUCAACAGCGUAGUGGCAGCAGCAGCUAACAAAUCUAACAAGCCGUGCCUGGCAAAGAACAUUCCUGUAUAAAGUAACUGGAGCUCUGCGUAGCAGCAUUUGGCCUCUUUCUACCUUGCAAGGAAGAAGAAGGAAAAAAAAAAAAGGAAGGAAGGAAGAAAAAAGAAAAGAAUCCCACAGGAAGUUCAGUUUAUUUAUUUAAAUAAAUGUUUUCUGCUUGGAUUGUGUGGUCAUAAAAUGCAGUCCUGAGGCGAAAGGGAGAAGGUUGUGGAUAAAAGUAUAAGUAUAUAUUAGGUAAAGCUAAUAUAUAUGAAUUGCUAAUUGAUCCCUUACUUGGGAGAUGAAAACUGCUUGCAGAGGUAUGUGCCACAAAGGUGUUAAAAGACUCUUUCAGAGCCUGUCCUGUAAAAUUCUGUAUAAAUACGGAUGAUAAUAUGGGUCAGGCUUCAAGAGAGGAUUUUGGCCCUGUAUAAAAAUCUCUUUGAUUUUGCAGCUCAUACAGAUAGCAUGAAUACUGUGUAUUGUUUUAAUGUAAGGAUCUAGUACUUACUCUCUUCAGAGAUGUAUUUUUUCUGUUUGUUUUGUUUCUGAUUAUGUACAGAAGUAGUCUGCACGUGUCAGAAAACUCUGCCAAGAUUGGAGGCUGCUGGAUUUUGUUGUUUUUAUCUUUAUUGUUUUCCCUUCCUAACAUUUUAAUCAUAUUUUUUUCUUUUUUACUUCUUUUCCCAUAAGGGAAAGAUAUUUGCUUGAGAGUGACCAUUGAAAUCUUUUUAAAGUCAAGAGUGGAUUUUAAAAAUAUAUUUUUAAAUUAUUUUUUUUCUUGAAUUUUUAGAAUGAGUCUUGCUCUCAAAGUACACAUCUAUACAAUAUAUAUGGGCAGUAGAUUUUUAAUCCUAAUUGCCUUAUUUUUAGGAGUUACUCCUGUGAAGCUUAUGGCAUCACUUGCAUUAGAAAGGCAAGCAGUUUGAGGUGUUUUACUGAAAAAUAAAGCCAUUACCAUCACAUCUAAUAUGUCUUUAAUAUAUAAGACUUAUAUAUAAAAGGAACAGUAUUUAUACUUUGCUCAGGAGAAUUGAGUAAAGAUGCCUGAAUGCUUGAGUGUUUGGAGUUGGACUUGGUUUGAUGAACUAGAUACACAUUUGUCAUUGUCAGUAAAUAUUUAUGUAGAUGUUCCUCAAACACUGGUCACAUUAAAGUUUUGUAACAUUCUGACA